UGUGACCGUGCGUACCGGUCGUGGUGCCACGCGCACGCGGCGCAGCGCUGCCCACUGUGCUCGGCCACGAUCGAGAAGCACGGCGGCUGCAACCACAUGACGUGCACGCACUGCUACUACCAGUUUUGCUGGCGCUGCCAUUCCAAGUGGGACGACCACAACACGGCGCUGUGUUGGCCGCUCGCGUUCCUCCGCUCGAAACACAAGCUGUUUGGCCCAAUCGCGCCGGUCCGGUUGGUGACCAAAGCGGUCGUUGGCACCGUCGGCACCGGCGUCGCCGUCGUUACGGGCGCCGUUGCCGUUGGUGUCGCCGCCGCCGCGUUGCCACCGCUCGCCGUGUACUAUGGCGUCCGCGCCCUUCGCCACCACUAGUCGUAACUACGUGUUACGAGCGUGUACCCUUGUAUCCUAAAAAGC